UUUCCACAAAAUACUCGUCUGGCGCGGUGGCGUGUGCACUAGCUGGUAGCAUAGGCCACGUGUGAGCUUGCGCAGGGUCAGCGCCGACCCGCUUGCUAGCGGUGGUGAGGCUACGCCCAUCGCUGUGGCAGCGCCAAGCUUGCUAAAGGCUGGGCGCCUCGCUGACGGAUUUUAGCCGCGCGCGAGCGCCGCGGACGGCCGGAGAGGCCCGGAGGCGUCGCCGCCGACGCCUUGCCGCAGCCUGAAGCGCAAUCGAUAGAUCAAGCUUCGUAACGCCGAAGCGAUCGGAAAGCGACCGACAAGAUGCUCUCCGUAAGGGAAGCCACCGUUUUUGACUUAUUGAAUAUGCAACAAACAAAUUUGUGGUGCUUACCGGAGAACUACAACCUCAAGUACUACUUCUAUCAUGUACUAAGUUGGCCCCAACUCCUCCAAGUGGCGGAGGACCAUAAGGGCAAGGUCGUAGGAUACGUUUUGGCCAAGAUGGAGGAGGAAGACACGCCCCCCCACGGCCACAUUACGUCUCUGUCCGUACUACGCACCCACCGGAAGUGCGGCCUGGCGACGAAGCUCAUGACCGCCAGCCACAACCGGAUGACGGAAUCGUUCGACGCGCACCACGUGGCCUUGCAUGUGCGGAAGUCGAACCGAGCGGCGUUCCAUUUAUAUUCCCAGACGCUGGAUUAUGAGAUUAGGGAUGUGGAGAGAGGCUACUACGCGGACGGCGAGGACGCCUACGACAUGCGCAAGGUCUUUGUAUCUACCAAGGCUUCGGAGAAGCCGACGCCGCCGGCGUCGCCAGUACCUGAGGUGCCGCCCUCUGCUCCGGGUCAGGUGGGGGCCGUGGAGCCGCCGCCGCCGCCAUGAACGCGUCUAGGUUCCUAACGUCCAUUAGUCCCGUGGAGUUCCCG